GACAUUUUGAAAUGGACGCAAACAAUUAAAUAAUCUACACACAAAUAAAUGUUCUAUUUGAAUGCUUAAAUUUCAUUUUGCUCACAUUGUAAAAGUGUCAUAUUGCUGCUCUCCUUCUAAAACCUCUUUUCUCCAUAUUUCGUGGUUUUUAUAUUUUGUCACCCUUUAUGUUUUUCACUGGGUUUUGCAAAUAUUUAACCAAUAGAAAGUAUUAAAAAGUGCUUGUCAACUUUGACAACUCAACAGUGUUUUUUCCAUUUCCUGAAAAAAACAGUGAAUUGGGACAUCCGAGGUUUCAGAAGGACAGCAACGAAAUGGACUUAUUACUUGGAAUAUAGCUCGGGUCACAGCUUUAUAUGCAUCUAACUGUGUAGAAAAGAAUGUUCUGUAAAUAAAUCUAAGAUGCCCCAAAUAUUUCAAUAUUUUUUAUUUGAUUUCUUUUCUUUGUUUUUUAUUGUUUUACUUUUAACUCUUUCAUGCACCCUAUCCUCUGCUGAACUGUAGUAGUCGGGGCAUGCUCUGUAUGCGCUCUGGGGUCGUGCUCAGCUGGCUGCGAGAGCCGUGUGUGUGUGUGUGUGUGUGUGUGUGUGUUGGUUUAGUUUGUGAGAUCAGUUGGUGAGACCCCAUCCCAUCUCUCCUCUUGCUUUCAGUGAAGACAGGUGGAAUCCUUUACUUACAGAAGACAUUUCUGGACCGACCCUGCUUCAGUGAGUGGUCUGCACCUUUGGAAUCAUGGGAGUGACCCAUGGAAAGAAAGCAGAUCAUAACCAUCAGAAUCUGAAUUCCGGCUGUGCUCAACCACUUAUGGGACCUGGUGAAUCAAAUCCAGUAUCUGAUUUUGGAUUUGUGAUGGACUCUGAUCAGAGGUGGGGUGCAGAAGAGGAUUUUGACCACAGGCAUCUGCUUCCCAAACAAACGCACAGCGGUUACUAUGAUGAGCUCAUCAGGCCCAAAAAGAUCCCCAAUCCCAUCAAAGCAUCCAAAAGCCACCGGGAACUCCACAGAGAGCUGAACAUUACACAGAAGAGAGGAGUGAUGGAGGAGAAGCCCGAGUUACAGAAGGUUCUGGAACAAAGGAACAGAAUUCAGGCUCUGAAGCAGCAGAAAAAACAGGAUGUGGAAAAGUCUCCCUUGAAGCAGGAGUUAUUUAAGAGGCAAACGAGAUUAGAGAAGCUUGAGAGAGAGGCAGAAAAGCAGAGUGAGAUGUCACAGGCUGCACCUGAGUUCAUCAGAGUUAAAGAGAAUCUGAAGAGCACCGCCGUCAUAAGCACUGUGGAGAAGGAGCAUCAACUGAACAUCAGUUUACAUUAACGUUAACGUCAGAUGCCUGUGAACAUCUGGGAACAGAACAGUAUAUUCAACCAGGACACUUGUUUGAAUGAAGAUUAUGAUAACAAAUGAUGAUGCAUUUUUCUGCACGCUUGGGUCAAGCGUAAUAUACUUUUUGAGUCAGUAUUACAAAAUUGUUUUAAACACUAUUUUGAUUAAGACAUAGUAAGUUGCACCAAUACGAAAGCAUUAAAUUUUUGACUUUGCAUACUACAGUAUUUCACAUUCUAUUUAAAAUGAAUAGUGGGUAGUAUAUAUAUAGUACACACUACACAGUACUCUUGUUUUAUAUUUCAAACAUAAGCAUUCAAAUAGAAUUCUCACUUUGAUCAGCUGUUUAAAAAUAUUUCAAGUGAACAUCUUUUCGAAUCAUAUGAUGACAUGACUCACAUAUUUUUUACCUCACAGAUGUGCUGGAGUAAAGACACAGAAUUCGCUUGUAAAUGUGUUUUAUAUAUGUA